AUGGAAGGAUUCCUACUCGCGCUGAAAUCGAUGGGGAUCCAAGCCUGUGACCAAGAUGAACAAAUCCUGAAUGACGAAAAGUUCUCAAUCCGUUCUCAUCAACCUGAAGCUGGAGCCAAGGUGGGAAAGCCUCUCCUUCCUGGCCAUGCCUUCCUUCCUUCUCUUACCUUCCGCCUCUCUCUCAAUCUCAUCUCUCUCUUAUCUCUCUCUCAUCUCUCUCUCUUGUCUCUUGUCUCUUGUCUCUUGUCUCUUGUCUCUUGUCUCUUGUCUCUUGUCUCUUGUCUCUUGUCUCUUGUCUCUUCUCUCUUCUCUCUUCUCUCUUUCUCGCCUUCUCUCCCUUCCAACUUCCUUUCAUCCAAUCGAAAAGGUCCCAUCACCAAGGCCCAAACAGACAUGUCAAACAACUCUGUCGCCAUUGACCGCAAGUGCUUCAGCGCACUUCCGGAGGAUACCAUCGUCGUUGCGGUUCGUCAUUCCGCAGUAUCCACAAAGUCCACAAAAUCAUCAAAGAAAAGACGGAACCAGGUAUUGAAUACCUACAUUUCAAGGAUAUACGGCCAGAACUUGCAGAAAAGUUCUCAUCAAAGUCCGCCCGGGGGUUUCCAGUCCAUAGUAGGAGCAUGGACAUAUAUCUUAAAUGUAACAGAAAGCCUUCCUAGCUAG